GUGGACGUAACCUAAAGCCCGGAAACACCGGAAAUAUAUCUGCGGUAGGUUUUUGUAGCGGUGCAGAAUCAUCCUGAAAACAUCUAUUUUUUGCAUCAAAGUCGAACAUUGUCGCUGCUAUUAUACCACAACAUGGAGAGAUAGAGUUUGUUUAAUACGGUUUACAGACGUGGUCCCUGUAAAAACAUUACCCAUCACACCUCUGCCCUUCUUGGACUAUCACUCAUAGAGACCGAAGCAGGACACAACAGUUUCGCCUCCUGUGGAACUCCAGAGCCCUUCAACUCCUCCUGUAGUCACCAAUAUGGCAAACAGCACCACAACAGCUGUUAAGAUCUUAACAGCCGCUGGUCCCGCUGGCAGAAGUAGUCCUGAAGGAUCUCAGGUGCUUACUAAGAAGAAACUGCAGGACCUGGUGAGAGAGAUUGAUCCAAAUGAGCAGCUGGAUGAAGACGUUGAGGAGAUGCUGCUACAAAUUGCAGAUGACUUCAUAGAGAGUGUAGUCACAGCAGCCUGUCAAUUGGCGCGCCAUCGCAAGUCCAACACGUUGGAGGUGAAGGAUGUCCAGUUACAUCUUGAACGCCAGUGGAACAUGUGGAUUCCUGGUUACGGCUCAGAUGAGAUUAGGCCGUUCAAGAAGGCUUGCACCACAGAGGCUCACAAACAGAGAAUGGCGCUGAUUCGCAAGACAACCAAAAAGUAGCAAGACUGUACACAAACAUGUAGUACCAAGUCUGUAUUUCCUUUGAUGUCUGUUUUUCUUGUUGGUGUUGUUUUUUGUUUCUUUUUUUUGAAUAAAGGAAGACUCUAUGGUUUGGGUGGGGAUAUUUGAACAGCAUUUUAUUGUCAUGUCUCCAUUACAUUUGAGUUUUUCACCAGUCGUAAAUCAACAACGUGCAUUGUAUCAGACUCUGUUCUGUUGCCACUGAGCUAACCCUGGUAAAACUCUAAUUGCAAUUUUGCCAAUAAAGAUUUACUGGAAUGCUUCCUAUAGAUUA